AGAAUGAAUUUGGUACGCUGAGUGACCGGCUUUGUGCUAUGUAUAGUGCCUUUGAACGUGUUUAUCAUAAAAAGGCGCUACAUAAAUCUGGUAUAAUAUAAAUUGUUUAAGAUAUAAUUCAUAGGACUGUCAGCAGUAAUUAAUAACUUUUAAAUGUAAAUGUUUUCAUUUUAAGGGAGACACAGACCACGACAACAAGAUAUUUACGAUUGCUGCUUUGUUGUGCAACGUUUUAGUUUACAAUAUGAUGUCAACCUUCAAUCAAGAUGCUGUCGAAAAACUUACAUUUAUAUCUGAAAUGUCAAAAAAUAUAAGUUUUGCCAAUGGAGAAAUAAAAAGUGAUAAAAAGUUUGACUUAAUUUUGCCGACAUUUGUUCUUUGUUUACGAGAUUUCAUCUUAGAUAUUCAAAAAGAUGGUGAAGAGAUUACUCCAGACGAGUACCUGGAAGACUGCUUGGAACUCAAACCUGGGAAGGGAAAAGAUAUUGAAAAGUUCAACAGGCCAAGGGAAUGUAUAAUGAGGUAUUUUCAAAAACGAAAGUGUUUCACCUUCGACAGACCCGGGAAUAGAAGAGUGAUGAAGCGGUUGGAGACAGCAAGAAAAGAGGAACUAUCAGAAGAUUUCCUCCAAGAAACACAAUUAUUUCUGGAUUAUGUGUACAACUGCAAACCUAAAGUUUUGCUCAAUAGCAAACCUGUCAGAGGAGAAAUGUUUGCCACACUUGCAACUUCUUACAUAGACGCAGUUAGAAAUGGUGCAAUACCAGAUGUAGAUAACGCCAUACAAAUGGUAGCUAAAAUAGAAAAUAAAAGAAUGGCAAAUGUAGCAGUUGAAGAGUUCAAGGCUAAACUACGGUUAAUAGAGUUGCCUAUUCUCCAAGUCAGAGAUUUUAAUCAGUUGUAUGAAGCAAUCCAAAAUGCAUCCUUAGCAAAUUUUCGACGCGAGGCAGUUUUCGAUGCAGAAGAGUUUGAAAAAAGAGCAAUCGAUGAUAUGGAUAAAGCGUGGAAACUUAUCAAAGAACAGAACAGUGCAUUGAUAAGAGACUAUUGCCUUACACAACUGAAGAAAAUACAUGACGGAGUGACAAGUGCAAGAGGCGGAAAGGAAAUAUACCUUAUACCUGGUGGAUAUGAGCUAUACAAGGAGGAUAUUGGAAAAAUAAAACGGCAAUACAAACUGACUAUGAGAGGAGUUGAGGACUUUGAAGUAUCACAAACAUUAAAUGAGUUCAUGGAACAGGAAACCGAAAAUGACACAGAAAUUCUGAUGAAGGACAAGAGACUUACAGCUGCUGACAGGCAAAGAGAGAUCGAAAGGAUGCAGAGGGACAACCAAGAGGCACUUGAGGAACAGCAAAGACUUCAUGAGAAAAUGCUGGGAGAAGAGAAGAAAAGAUCAGAGAAACAUUUCAAGAAACUGGAGAUGGAAAGGAAAGCGUACAUGGAACGAGAAGAGGAGAAAUUGCAAAUGUUAAUGCAGCAGUGGGAAGCUCAAAGAGAGUCUAAUGAAAGGCAGAUACAAAUGAUGAUCACCGAAAAUAAAAAACAAAGAAAUGAAUUUAAGAAAGAAAUAAGGCGAAUGACUGAAGAAAAUCGCAUACGAGAGGAGAAAUGUAUGGAGCGGAUAAAUCAGAUAGAAAAAGAGAAUAAUCAAAAACAAAAUGAGGCUUUAGAGAAUGAACGGCAAAAGACAGAUAAACUUCAAAGUAUGAUUAAUCAACAACAGAAUCAAAUACAAAAUCUGGAAGAAUCUGAUUUACAAAGGCAAAGAGAAGCAAAAGGGAAUAAAGACGAAAUACUUCGAGAACAACAGAAAAAUAAGAUUCUUCGUAAGCAACACACUGGCCUUCAAAACCAGUGUUCACAGAUGCAAGCUGAUAUAUCGCAAAGAUCUAUCGAUGUUGAAAAUUGCCGAAGGAAGAUUGAAAGUAUUGAAGUAGAGAAACAGGAAAAGGAGAAAGAAGUAGAAAGACUUAAAAAUCGUAAUUUGUGGGACAGAUUGUGGAAUAAAUAGAUCUUAAAGAAUUUCAUACCAUUCUGUGUAAAUAUUUCCA